CAUUUGAAGAAACACAUGGUAACUCAUACAGGAGAGAAACCAUUCAGCUGCUCAGUGUGUGGCAAAGCUUUCAGUGAAGGCGGAAAUCUAAAGAUGCACAUGAGAAUUCAUACAGGAGAGAAACCUUUCAGCUGCUCAGUUUGUAAGAAGUCUUGUACACAGAGUGCCAACUUAUGGAAACACAUGAAAAUUCACACAGGAGAGAAGCCAUUCCUCUGCUCAGUGUGUGGCAAAGCUUUCAGUGAAAAGGCAAAGCUGAAGAUACACAUGAAAAUUCACACAGGAGAGAAACCUUUCAGCUGCUUAGUGUGUGGCAAAGCUUUUGGUCAAAAAACAAAUCUGACGAUACACAUGAGAAUUCAUACAGGAGAGAAACCUUUCAGCUGCGCAGUGUGUAAGAAAUCUUUUUCACAGAUGGGAGGUUUACAGAAACACGUGAGAAUCCACACAGGGGACAAAGCUUUCAGCUGCUCAGUGUGUGGCAAAGCAUUCAGUGGAAGUGGGAGUCUGAAGAUACACAUGAAAAUACACACAGGAGAGAAACUGUUGAGCUGCUCAUUUUGUGGUGAAAGAUUUAAACAUAAUGAUCAGCUGACACAACACAUGGUGCAUCACUUAGGAAAGUAACUCAUUUAGUUUCUAAAUUCCUAGUCAAAUAUUUGGCUGCUAGAGUCAGAAGUGACACAUUUAUUCACACGGAAGAGAAAAUAUUGAACUGCUCAAUGUGUGGUGAAAGAUUUCUACAAAAGGUUUAGCGACACAAUAUGUGGUACAUCACGUAGAAGAGACAACAUUAAGUUUCUUAGUUUAGUGGGUUUUGGACAUAGACAUUUAUAAGUAAAAUUGUGUGUGAACCCUGCAUAUAUUUUACCCCAUAGUGUGCCACAACAUGAAUGAAAUGAAUGAAAGUGUCAUUUAAUGAACAUCUCCAUGAUAUCUGAGCAGUAGAUUCCCUGAGGACGGACCAGAAUGUGGCUGAAAGCUUCAGAAAC